AUGGCACCCAGCUCUGAUGAUGUCCAUCAUAUGAUGGGCGAAAGCUCAGCACUUUUUUACCCGAAACGAGGGAGGAAGUCCCGUGGACUGCGUCAACAUGAAUAUCGUAUAAAAUCUAAACGGCUGCAGUACAACGAGAUUCAUCCGUCCUCAUCUGCUUGCUUGGGAAUGCUUAUCAAAUUGGAUCAUCGUUGCAAGGAGCUAAUUUGCCAGAUUAAAGAGCUACAGAAAACGGUUGCCCCAACAGGGAAUCAGCUUUUGUCUUCUGAGGCCACUGAGGUCUGUAAGAAAGUCAUCCCACAUCAGACAGAAGGCGACGUUCAGAAAAUAGAGUCCGAUAUUUUAGAAGUCCAUUCAAUUCCCUCUCAUACUAAUCAUGAGUUAGACGAAGCUUCUUCGAUAACAUUAAAUACAGACGCUGAUCUGCGGAAGGAGCUUAUUCGUUAUCAACAGGUGCUGAAACACACUGAAUCAAUACUUUCCGAUUUACAAGUUAAUGUCAAUAAAGAAGAACAUGUAUGGCAAGCCCGUCUGACCAAAUCGGAGGAAAUAUGCAAAAAGGUAUGUUAUAAUGAUGUUUGA